AUGUUAAUCUGCAUAUUUCGUCUCGUCUUGUGUUUCAUUCCAUUAUCAUCUGCUAAUGACGUUUUCUGUGGUCAACUUCAAGUUUAUAAACAACAGUGGUUUAAUCAACAAGCCAUCGCAAUUUCCUCAAGUAAAACCAACGAUCUGAAAGAAUGUCUUGGAUUGUGUUGCAGUUCAAAUGAUGAUGAGCAGCAUCGAAAACGUCUUUCAGACUGCCAAGCAGUGACGUUUAUGGGUGUGUUAGAAGAGAAGAGAGACGAGCCAAACUGCAUGCUGGUUAGGUGCAAUCCGGAAUGUCAGCUGAAUGAUAAGUCAGUGUUGACUGAAGGUGUCGUAUCGGUUCUGAUUUCGCGUGAUGGACGGGCAUCAACAGUGGCCACUGCACCCAUUGAGACAACUUCUGUGCAUAAAAGUUUCACAAGCGACGUUCUUCGACCGGAAUACACAUCCAUUUGGGUGAUAGCAUUGGUGAUUAUAGUCGCUGUUUUAUGCGUAGGUCUUAAUGUUGGUCUCAUCAGUGCUUAUGUAUGUUGGCGAAGGCAAAAAUCGCGUAAGCAGAAAGCGCAUAUUUGUACAAUAAACACACUGCAUGCAUUCAAUCCUUCCUGA